GGGAGGGUGUUUGUGUGGUUCAGCCGAGAGCUUGCAGGCUGAUAACACUCUCAACCACAGAUGGUUGAGCAAGGCUGCAAGAGAGUGAGGGAGCAGAACGGGCACAAACAGAGAGAGAGAGCGUGAGAGAGAGAGAAAGAGAGAGACUGAGUGGGAGGCAUCUGUCUCUCUAGUAUUGGUGCCAAAGCAAAGAGGAGAAGAGAAGGAGGAAGGGAAGAAGAGGAGGAGCACGAGGUUGACGAGCAUCUCUUAGCGUGGCUGCUUGUCGCUGCAGCCAAGAGGUCUUCCACCACCGUUCACUCUGGACUGCAGGGACGGAUGGACGCUCACACACAUCAAACACCGGCAUAAGAGAACCGCUGCCACCUGGACUCUCUGAGCUGAACCUGCAGCUGUGUGUGUGAUCACCGUUGGUGGCUACGUGUCUUACCAGCUGAUCGUUAUACAGAGACGCAGCACAGGAGGGAAUGAGGAUACUAUAUAUGUGGUAUUGCAUGCCGGCUUGUGUGUGUGUUCGUUUGUGGGUAUGACAGGUGCUCUCAGGUGAGUGGGGUUAACUUGAAACCAAGCUGUAAUCUGAUUCCUUGACACCAGUGUGUGUGUGUGUGUGUGUGUGGUGUGCCUGUGUGUGUAAGAGGCAGUUACAUAUACAUGGGUAUAUGUUGCUGUGUAUGACAGCGCAGUAUAUCUGUGCACGUGCAUGCGUGUGACACCGGCAUCAGAGCAGACACACGCGGCUGGAGGAAGUGACACGUCUGCGCUCGCUCUCGGAUUUCCUGUUCCCUCUCCGGUGGCACACUGAGCGCCGAAUCUGAGCCGACCUCACCUGUCUCACCCUCUCCUCACCCCUGCAGGUGGGCCUUACUCUGUCUGGAUGCAUCAUCUGAGCGGCUUUGCCUUUUUCUGGGUGACCAGAAGACAGUUAGGUGCUUGUAGACUCUGAUCGCGGCUGAGUGUCAAAUCAGCCCCCUUCCUUUUAAGGAAAAAAAAGCACUUCCUAAAGCUGUCGGCGUGCUGCUCUGGUACUGUGCAAGUGCCGGAGACAGGGCCCAGGGACUUCUCCAUGACUGUCAAUACAGUGUUGACCCCCUCCAUGACCAGCAGUAACAGCAUGAGCAGUGGGUACUGCAGCCUGGACGACGAGAGCGAGGACUUCACUUUCUUCACAGCCAAGACCUCCUUCUUCCGCAAGCCCAAACAUGCAUCUAAGCAGAAUGAGACAAAGGAAGAAGAGGAGGGUGGCACAAAAACCCUGUCAGAAGAGGAGGUACGGGCCAGGAUAGACGAGUACAACUCUCAAGUCUCUGAAAAUGGCAUGAAACUGGCUUCAGAUGGAUCCUACACAGGUUUCAUUAAGGUCCACUUGAGGCUCAGUCGACCUGUCACAGUCCCCGAUGUGGAGGGGGCAGGCUCAGAGGGAGGGUCCAGGCAGACAGACAGACGCAGUCGAUCAGAAGGCCAAGAGGGGGCAGACUGUGGGCAGAAUGAAAAGAGAACAUCCUUCUACCUUCCAUGCGACUGUGUGAAGCAGCUCCACAUCAGCUCUACCACCACGGCCGGAGAAGUCAUCCAGGGCUUGUUGAAGAAGUUCAUGGUGCUGGACAAUCCCCGCAAGUUCGCUCUGUACAGGCAGACACAUCGCGAUGGGCAAGAUCUGUUCCAGAAACUUCCUCUGUAUGAGCGUCCUCUUCUUCUGAGGUUGAUAGCAGGGCCUGACCCAGAGCAGCUCAGCUUUGUCCUUAAGGAGAAUGAGACUGGAGAGGUAGAGUGGCAUGCAUUCUCAGUGCCAGAGUUACAGAACUUCCUGGUCAUCCUGGAGAAGGAGGAGACUGAGCGCGUGCGGGCGGUGGAGCAGAGAUACACCAUGUACCGACAGAAACUACAGCAGGCGCUACGACAACACAACCACUGACCCUCACCUGUUACCUUACGGCCUCAACCCAGGGAGAGACUGACCUUUGAACGUUGACCCUUCAUGGCCCUGCGAUCUAUUCAGAGACUGGAGCCGGAGCUGAACUUGCGUCCCUCUCUCCACACACACAUGCACACACACACACACACACAUAUAUAUAUACUCACACACGCACACACAGACACUUUUUCUCAGGACACACAGAGGUCCCCCCCCCAAACCAUACAUUUUUCCUCUGAAGACAGAAUCCGGGAUUGAGAAAAAUGUGAAAGACCAUGGUGUGUGUGGUCUAAUAGCUGAAUGGACAAAUGGUGUGUUUUCGCCACCAGGGAGACACACAAGAAGAUCUGCGCUUCUGGUUUGAGGUUUCAUUUGGGGAUGGUAUGAUAAAGUCUGAUCCAAUAUGGUGUUUUUAAAGAUUUCUUCUUCUUCUGCUACUGCUGCUGCUGCUACUGCAAGUGUUACUUAUGCAUGAGUCUCUCUCAGCCACCCCCCCACCCCAUUUCUGCACAUAGAGUUAGGAUUUAAACAGACAUAUUUCCUUUUGAGAUGGAGGAACAAUCAUAUUGAGUGCAUUUUUUGGAAUGUUUGGUAAUUUGAUGUGUAGAACCUCACCUCAGCCUAUUCUGUUAUACUGUUGGGUAUCUGUUUAUGAUAUGUGGGUUGGUGAGGGAGUUGUCUAAGGGCAGGGUCAGUGCUUAUGCUGAAGCAAAGGUAGGAGGCAGAAGGAUGUGUUUUGCUUCGGAGGGGUGAAUGGAAAAACAAAGAGAAAGUGAUAACCCAUUCUCUGAUUUUUCUCAGGGAUAAUGUGUCAAGCUAAGAGAAAAUGUAAAGGAGGAGAAAAGAGGCAGACAUCUUAGCCUACCUUGUCCCAUCUCUCUGCCUUGUGUAUGUGUUGUUAUUGCAGGGUGUGUCUUACUUUAAUGCCAUGUUAGACGACUUCACAGAUAUGGAAGUGCUGUCAGAUGCGUCAACGGUAUAAAGAGUUCAAAUCAGGCAACCAUUCCCACGCCAAGCACAAACACACACACACACACACACACGCACACACACACACACAGACAAAAAUCUAACCCCUUCCUUUCUCUCAUAUGAGGAGAUGAUAACUGUGAUGUCCUCUUUCAUUUCCCUCCCUACACACUGACCUAACAAACCCUGCUCAUGCAUGAACGUCACCCUGAAAAUAAGCUGCAGUUCUACUGAGUGUGGCUAUCCACAUAUCGUUAUAGAUACAUUUUACAUACACUGUUAACACCCAUGGGUUGUUUUUGAAUGUGAAAGGAUUUUUACACCAAAGUUUAGAGGGACAGAUCUCUUGAGGGGGUUUAAAGGGACGACAGACAAUAUGAGGUAUAUCUAAUUAUUAAAGGUGGCAUGUUUAAAAAUUAAACCAGCCUCUGUUUUGCACAUAUAGAUACAGGCCAUUGAAUGGCCCAUAACUCUGUAGAAACAAAGGGACUGGGCAUGCAUUACUGUUUUUCCCCCAAGCAAAUGAAUUCAUGAUAAUGAUUAUGAUGUACCAAUGAUGUGUUUGCAUUGCAUAUGUAUAUAUAUAUAUGUAGACAAUGGAAAAAAGAGUGAAAUGGUUUAACUUAGUUGUUAUUAUGAUGACUAUAAAUAUCUUUAUUGUUUUGAUAUCAUGCUCACUGGUUUGUUUGUGGCUGUGCGUGUGUGUGUGUGUGUGGCUGUGUGGCUGUGUGUGUGUGUGUGUGUGUGUGUGUGUGUGCGUGCAUGCGUGCGCGCGCACGCGCGCUCAUCUUGGCUGAUGAGAAUAAUGUAAUUGUGUUUGGUAAUGAGUGUCUUUGUGUCCUUGGGCCUCAUUAUCAAAUAAGAUCCACAAAAUGGAUGGAUGAAGUACACAUGUAAUAUAAUACAAUUCAACAGCAGCAGUUUUGAAAGAAGAUUUGGCAUGCUUGCCUCAUACACUGAGUGCAUUUACCAAAGCAUUUAGGCAUCUUUUUCGUCAUUGUUCAACAUUUCAUGCACCUUCAAUUGUCAUUAUUUUAUUCCUAGAGAAAUGUUGAUAAAUGAGGCCCAUUGUCCAUGAGCACAUGAUCCUCACAGUUCCUCCCAAACCCAAACCUUAAGAUCUGUUCUUCUCUAUGCCACCACCCAGUGUCCAUGCUGUUCCUGCUGGCAGUGCCUUUUGUUCCAUGCGCCCUUGUGUAUGUAUGUACAGUGUGUAUAUGUGUGUGUGUGUGUGUGUGUGUGUGUGUAUGUGUAUAUAUUUAAGUGUACACAUGCCUGGGUGCAUGUGUGGGUGCUCUUGCAUGUGUGGAAGGCUAUGAUAGGUUGGGGUUGGUGUUAUAAAUGUAAUUUUCCCCUCUGUCCCCUAACCUUAACACUCAUUUGUCCUUCCAACCCUCUGAAUGUGAGUGUGUGUGAGUGUGUGUGACAGAACGAGAGUGCGUGCCUAUGUGUGUGUAAUUUAUUUCAUGGUUCACCGACUUGACAUGGUAAUAUGUCAAGGAUGUGAAUACUUAAUGCUUUUCUGCAAUUUAUUUUGUUUUAUUUGAAGAUGUGUGUAUAAAAAUAUCCGUAGAACUGUACAGAUAAUCUGAAUGAAAUAAAAAGGUCAUCCCUUUA